AUGGACAGAAGACCAGUCUAUAGCAUCUUUCCAGCGCCUCCUACUUCGCAUGCAACCCAGCAGAGGAACCGCCCAUCCACCGACAGCCGAGCGCGCCCUUCCCUAGAGCAGCCUCCCUACCCUCCACCUUCUACACCACUUCCUCCGAUACCAAAGCAGCAUCCUGCAUCUGACCAGGCUUCAGCCUCGCCUCAUCAGCCGCUACCACCAACGCCAGACUCCUUGAGGUCGACUCGCCCUCCGUCACGGCGGAAAGCUUCCCCCAGUCGCGAGUUUGCAGAUUUCCAGAGGGAGCUCGCGCAGCCCUCGCGCAGUCAGGCCUCCUCAGUACGUGGCAGACCAAGCUCGCCCCGUCAACGAUCCAAUUCACGACAAAGCAACUUUGCCCCAUCCACAGGUAGUCGGCCUAAGCCUCUUUUGGGGCCCCCAGAAGAUCCAAUGCAAACUUCCACCCUCUCUACAUCGUCGACCUCGUCUCUUUCCCUCUCCAAGCCACCGAUUCUGUCCCCUAGCACUACUGUUGCCCCAACUCCUCCGCCCGUAUUACCGAAUCGAACAUCUCGACCUAAUACCGUUUACUUCCACGGCAGCAUCGGCGGCGCGGGCAACUACCGCAAAGUCAUUCGUGAAAGUAAUCGAGCUCCUCGAGCCUACGCUGAGAACGCUGAGCCAGUUCGGCGGUCGAGCCCGACCCGGUUCCUUUCCAGUAUAUUUGGAAGCCAAAAGGGCAGAGGCAACGGUGGGGGGGCGGUCAAUGCUUACGACGAAAGAGCGAGUGGCAGCGAGGACAGCGUCCGAGAGGAGGUAGACCUGGGAGCUGCAGAGGCCUUACGGCGGAAGAUGAUGGGGGCCGGACGACGGAAAAGAGGGGGUUCGUGA